CUUCUGAGGAGAGAAAAUAAGUAUGCAUGUGGGUGAGCGGUUCAAUCAGCAGCUCCACUAUGAUAUUCAGUACUUCUAAGGGGGCCAUUUUUUAAUAUUUGGAGGAUAUGUCAACUUGUGAGUAAAUGUGAAACAAAACCCAAGAAAGUACAAUGUCAAGCUUCUACUGUUAUUUAGGUCUAGGGCAGUGCUGAUGGUCAUAAUCUGCACCUCCCUGGAGCUAUCACAGAGAUCCAAGGAUGUUCCAACUUGCGGGAAGUCCAUGAUGUAGUGGAUCUUCACUUCUAUAGAUGAGCUGAAUUUCUUCGUGCACCAGUGGGUGAAAGUGACCUAUUUUGCCACAUAUAAUUCAUUUGCUGAUGGCUUCCUUAAAGCUAUUAGGAUGGUUAUGACACUCAGAAACCCUGCAGGCUUACAGCCCCAUGCUCAAUGGUCUCUGUCCCCACUGGUGGAGAGGAAUGUGGCAUACACCACUUUUCCACCCUGCCCCCCAAUCCCGCAGUAAUACUUUAUCAUCCAAUCGUGUUCUGUUUUUACCAUACUUUGGGAGGCAAGAAAAAAGAGUAUACACCACAGAACUACUCCAGCACUCCCAAUCAAAGGAGAUGACCUAGUGCUUCCUUCACAGCUGCAUGUUUUUCUGUAUGCCUGGAGGACACAUCCAGGGUGUCCUCCUAUCAGUUCCAGAGUCCAACAAGACAAUGUUGUUUGUUUUCAUCUCCCCAAGAAGUAGCUCAGCCUGCUGUGAGAUUAAAUGAGAGUUGGGGAGGGGGUAUUCAGUCAGGCUGGCUGCACAUCACUGACUAUUCCACAUAAAUGGAAACUGGCAAACUGGUUUGUUUUCCAUUAGCAUAAAGGAAUAUAAAAAAAUCACUUUUUGCCAGUGGACUCUGAAUUCUUGUCAUAAAUAAUGCAAAGUUGUACCUCACGGCAGUCAGGGAAAUGAGGUCAAAGGGUAAAUUCUGCAUGCUGUGACACAUUUUCAUGCAUUGAAUCAAUGCUCAUAUGCUUACACUCAUGCUAGAGAGAGCACAAAGGGAGAGCUUGUGUGGGUGUGAGAGUAAACUGUAGAGAAGGAUGCUGACAAAAUGUUAAGAUGUGCUGAAUUCCAGGAAACAACAGUACAGAUGUGGUGUUUGGGUUCAAAUAGAAGGGGAAAUGUCUGAUGCCUAGGACGUAACUUCCCACUGUCCAUUCGGCCAUAUCCCUUUGGUCAAAGGGUUCUGGAUAUGCAUAUGCACCCCCUUCUACUCAAAGAAAAGACCAAAAAGACCUAGAACAAAUACCACUUAAAAUUAGUAUUUCUUUUGAAAAAUGAAAACCAAAAACCUUGCCUCAAGUAGGGGCAAAAGGGAGAAGUGCCAGAAACUCCAUUAAAUCCACAAGGGACUCUGCUGCUUCUACUCAUUUUAUGUGGGAAGGUGCUUGGAUAUUAUGUUGAUAGUAUAAAACCCUAAGAUAGAUAAAUGAGAGAAGAACACCUUAAUAUUUUUCAUUUUUCUAACCUAGUACAGACAGACAUAUGUACCCAGAUAAACACUGAAAGUGAAGAAGUUGUUUUAAAUUGCUUUACACUAACAACUGUGAUUGUUCAGAACAACAACUACAGAUAUUAUGGACCUCAGCUGGUGCAAAUCAGCAUAGCUCUAUUGACUUCAGUGAAGCCGCUCUGAUUUACAUGCGCAAAGGAUCUGGCACUAAAUAGUGUUCUGUGGUGGGGGUGGAGGGUUGUUUUUGUUUUUAUUUAAUACAAUUGGACUAAAGGCUCUAUGUGACUCAGUACUGAACAUCUGGGAUUGAUCACAAGAUCACAAGCUGGAAAGCAUUCAUCUUGGCUUCUAGAAAUAAACACAUCUAGCUCAAUGCUUUCCACAACUUUAUUGUUUUAAUGAUAGAUUGAAGGAGCUUAAACAGCCAUUUUAAAUCUUUUAAUUCUCACAGCUUUAGUAUUUUUAGCCAUUUUUUUCACAUCAUAGUAUCACGCAGCAAUUAUAUUGAUUUUAAUUCUGCGGGGGGGGGGGCAGUUUUAGUGUGAUUUUUCUUCCCAUUAUUAAUUCCUUAUUUUUCCCCACAAGAUUUCAUAGGACUAUGAUAAUCCUGCAACUCAGAUUUUUAUUAGUUUCAUUUUUCACAAGUAUCGUGGGAGAGGCCCAAUAUGUAAUGCAAGAUGCAGUACUAAUGCAUUACAUCGACCGGCGUUUUCUAUCUUUUGAGAGCAGGCUGGAAAAAUGCAACCAAGAUAUCCUGGAUUAUGUACAAGAAUUCCGAGACUUUUCAAGGAGGAUGAUAUCGCGCCUGGAGGGGCUGAAAGUUUAUAAGGCUGAGAUUAAAAAUGAAGUGGAGCAUCUGCUAACAAGAGUUGAAAGAGCACAAAGGGACAUUGACUAUUUUGAAUCAACGAGAGAAUCUACUACCUGUGUAGAAGUAGAUGAAGACCUGGUUGAAAAGCAGCUAAAUGAAGACGCAGAAGAAAAAAGGAAAGUCAAGCUCAUGCUUAAUGCAAGCUGUGACAGCAUGCUUGCAGGUAUCAAGUCCCUAAAGAUAGUUAAGAAGACUGGAGAUACGCAUGGCUCUUGGAUGACAGAUCCAGGCAAAGACCAUCUGAAGAUUUAUUUCUUAAGUGGAUCCAAGAAUAAUGUUAUUUUGGAAUUUGCAAAUAUUCGGGCAUUCUCAGAAAUGAAUCAUAAGCUAACACCACGGAGAGUUAACUUGCCAUCUUCCUGGCAGGGAACUGGCCACGUUAUAUAUAAUGGUUUCCUGUUUUAUCACAGAUAUGGCUCCUUAAAUGAGAUAGUUAAAUAUAACAUCCAGAGAAGAAAGGUAACUGACAGAAUGCUCCUGCCAGGUGCUGGACAGAUUCCUGCCUAUGAACUGUUUCCUGAUACUAAAAUAGAUCUUGCUAUUGAUGAACAAGGGCUGUGGGCAAUCCAUGCAGAGCCAGACACGAGUGGAAAUCUUGUCAUCACUAAAAUCAACCAUAUGACUAUGACUGUGGAGCAUACCUGGGACACAUCAUGCAACAGCAAGAAUGCUGAAGCAGCUUUUCUAAUGUGCGGCACCCUCUAUGUUGUGUACAACUCUCCUAGUGGAGGCACAUCUCGGAUAGGAUGUGUGUACGAUGUCUUAGACACUAUAAAUGCUUAUGAAAUCCGCAUGUUACCUUUCCCCAAACGUCAGCGUAGCCAUUCCAUGAUACAUUAUAACCCCAAAGAAAAGCAGCUAUUUGCCUGGGCUAAUGGAUCCCAGAUCCUUUACAAACUUCAAACAAAGCAAAAAGUUUAAGAUCUUUAGGAACUUUUCAAAGAUGAAUAUUAAAAUACGCUUAAAGUCAAUGACCCAAGUUCUCUUCUCAGUUACCAUCACGGAACUCCCCUGGCUUUUCCAUUUGCUCAUAGAUGCUUUUUAUAUUAUGUAUUGGGAGCUGAAACACCUCCUCUCCAUUACACUGAUUGCCCCCAAUUGGAUGAAUUUGGAAGGAAACUUCCACAAGUUCAAACUCACAGAGAUAAAUUCUCUUCUGCUGUAAAUUGAUAUGGUUCUAUUAAAAAGUUAGUGAAACUGUGCCAGUUUACACCAUCAGGGAAUUAGACCAACAGAGUUUUCACUCCCAUACAUGGUGUAAUCCCAUUCAAUGCAACACCAGGCUCUGUACAAAACACAUAUUUGAGAAAAAUCCUUAUAUUCACCUCAGUCAGUUUAGUAUAAGUAAUGAGUAAGGCCUGAAGGAUUUGCCCUGUACUAAAUACUCCCAAGGUCAUCCUGUUAAUUUUUUUUCGAGUGUAGGGCCUUGAUUCAGCAUAGCUCCUAAGCACAUUUUAACUUUAAGCACCUGCUUAGGCCCAUCAAUGCACUUAUGCACCUCUUAAGUCUCACUGACUUCAACUGAACUUUAAGCACAUGCUCAAAGUUAAGCAUGGGCUUAAGUGCACUGCUGAACUGAGGCCUUUGUAUUUGUGACAGGUACAGGUAGACAGCACUGAACAAGAAUAUCCAGAGUUGUAAAAGUAAAUAUUGAAAAACAACAAAGAGUUCUGAGAGAGAUACAAAUCCUAUGCUUCAGGAAAUAAAGCAACCUCUACUACUGGGGCUUAGACGGAAAUUUUUAUCUGGAGGCACCAUUUGCCCAAUUCAAGGCUUCUUACACCUUCCUUAGAAGCAUCCGGUACCGACUGCUAUCAGAGAGGAGUUGCUGAAUGAGAUGGACCAUUGAUCUGAUCCAAUGAGGCAGUUCCUAGAUUCAUUUCAAAUGUACAUGUAUGUAUUUUCACAUCCAGAUUUAAUUGGUAAUGACCAAAUAUUGUUACCCAUUAUGAGUACAGACCCCAAAACUACUAUUACUGCCCCACAUUGAAAAUCAAAGCAGAGACGUCAGGGACAGAAUAGUUUUUUCCCGGAAUAGGUUUCAGGGACUGAACUUCCCUUUCACCCAAUGGAAAGCUGGGGCAGUUGUCUCAAGUUUAGGGAUGAAGUACAUUAAUCACUGAGACUGAUGUGGGGAAACAUGCCCUGCCACUGUCCAUGCUGCAUCUGUUCUGUGAGUAAACAAGAUUUAUCCAUAUAAAUGUUCAAUUCUUUUUUAAUCCUGCUAAGCUCCUGGCCUCAAUGACUUCCUGUAGCAAUGAGUUCCAGAGUCUAAAUAUGCUUUAUGUGAAGAAAUAUUUCCUUUUAUCAGUUCUGAGUUUGCUGUCUUUCAGUUUUAUUGAAUGUGCCAUUACUCUUAUGUUAUCAGACAGAUUGAAUAAAAGUUCCCGAUCUAC